UAAAACGCCGCUCUUUUCGUAUGUUUGGCGUCUCGCGAGCCAACAAUGGAUUCUCUUUCUCCCAACUAUUCCUUCGUGUUUCGCUUCGAACGCGACUUCGAUUACAAACCGCGCGCGCAAUGGAUGGCAACCAAUUGGACGCAAGCUUUCUACUGGAGCGCCGCCUAUCUCGCCGUCGUCUUCGGCGGACAACACCUCAUGUCCCGCCGCAAGCCCUUCGGCCUCAGGACGGCGCUCGUCGUCUGGAACCUCUGUCUCGCGCUCUUCUCCGUCGCCGGCACUCUCAGAACCGUUCCCGAACUGGUGCACGUGGUGCGGCACCUGGGCUUCGAGCGCUCCGUGUGCUCGAACUCGUUCCACACGUCGGUUCCCGUCGCCUCCUUCUGGUCGUGGCUCUUCAUCCUCUCCAAAGCGCCCGAAUUGGGUGACACUGUGUUCGUGGUGCUGCGCAAACAGCGCCUCCUGUUCCUGCACUACUACCAUCACGUGACUGUCCUGCUCUUCACGUGGUACUCGUACGCGGACGAGGCCUCCGCCGGCCGCUGGUACAUCGACAUGAACUACUCGGUGCACGCGCUCAUGUACUCCUAUUACGCGCUGCGGGCGCUCGGCUUCCGCGUGCACCGCGCCGUCGCCAUGACCAUCACCAGCGCACAAAUCGCACAAAUGCUCGUCGGCAGUAAGCGCCGUAACCAUAGCAACCAUAACACUAUUAACACUCUCUCUAUUGCAGCCUACGUGACGGCGUACGCGCUGCGGGCGAAGCUGGCGGACGCCGAGUGCCGCAUCUCGCUGUCGACAAUAGUGGCCGGUCUCGCGAUGUAUUUCUCGUAUUUCUUACUUUUCGCCAACUUUUUCAUCAAAACGUAUUUCAAGAAAAGCUGCGGGCGAAGCUGGCGGACGCCGAGUGCCGCAUCUCGCUGUCGACAAUAG